AUGUCAACCAGUCAAAAUAUCAAAAAAAUAUCAGUAGCAUUUGUAUGUUUAGGUAAUAUUUGCCGUUCUCCAAUGGCAGAGGCGGUAUUUAAACAUAUAGUGCAAAAUUCACCCAAAUACAAGAAUAGGUUUUCAAAAAUCGAGUCCUACGGUACAUCAGCGUAUAAUCUUGGUCAAACCCCAGAUAGUAGAUCUGUGGCUACAUGUCAUGCGCAUGAUGUUCCUGUAAAUCACAUAGCCCAACAAUUCAAAGGUAAUCAUUUUAAAGAAUUUGAUUACAUUAUUUGUAUGGAUGACUCCAACUAUAGAAACUUGAUGGAUUUGAAAAAACGUUGUCAUUAUGAUAAUAAUGAAAAAUUGGGAAAAGUGUACAAAUUUGGGCAUUGGAAUAGCAAGGGAAGUGGGUUUCCUGAUAUAAUUGCUGAUCCUUACUACGGUGGGAAUGAUGGAUUUGAAUUUAAUUAUAGACAAAUAACUCUUUUUACAAAAAAUUUUCUAAAACAAGAAUUAGGAGAAUAA